UCUGGUUACAGGAAGUGGAGGAGUUGGUAUUAAAAUUUGUUUGAUUAACAAGAACAAAAUAAAUUUAAAAGAGCUACCUGCUGAAUAACUGAGAAGAAAACCUUAGAAAUCGGGGAGAGGAAACAGGUGUGAAAUCAGACAGAAGGAGGUGUGGCAGCAGAGGAAGGGAGAGAGUGGCUGCUCCCCACACUUGAGAUGCUGUGCUGGCUGAGGGAGGACGAGAUGUCGGUUCAGAAACUGCUACAACGAGUGCAGUGUGUCAUCACACAUGUCGAUGAAAUCAUGCAACAGGAGAUCAGGCCCCUGAUGGCUGUGGACAUCAUAGAGCAGCUUCAUCGGCAGUUCGCCUUACUUUCAGGAGGGCGAGGAAAGGAUGGUGCCCCCAUAAUCACUUUUCCAGAGUGCUCAAGCUUCAAUGAAGUGCCAGAGGAAGAUUUCCUUAAUGUAGUCACCUAUCUGACCAGCAUACCCAGCUUGGAUGCUGCCAGUAUCGGCUUUAUCAUCAUCAUCGAUCGACGUAAGGAUAAAUGGAGUUCAGUGAAGGCCUCUCUAUCCCGGAUUGCUGGAGCAUUUCCAGGAAACCUCCAGUUGGUGUUGGUGCUGAGACCUUCCAGAUUCCUUCAGAGGACAAUAGCUGAUAUAGGAAUAAAGCUUCACAAGGAUGACUUCAAAAUGAAGAUUGUUAUGCUGAACUCUCUGUCAGAUCUUCAUGGGUAUGUGGAUAAAAGCCAGCUGACACAAGAGUUUGGAGGAAGUCUUGAGUACUCUCACAGCCAGUGGAUACACCACCGAACUGCCAUAGAAAACUUUGCCUUGACAGUGAAAACUACAGCGCAGAUGCUGCAGAGGUUUGGGUCGGAGUUGGCAGAGAUGGAGCUUCCCAAUGAUGUCCAAAGCACCAAAGACCUGCUCACAGCGCACACUGACAAACACAAUAACCUCAAGGAGGAGCUGAAGCUAGCUUUAAGACAAGGCAGUACCUUGUUUACCUGCAUCAAGGACCAGACAGCCAAAUUGGACAGUCACAAACUCAAGCCUGAUGAGAUGGAGAACCAGACAACGGUGGAAAGACUCCUGGCCCAGCUCGAUGAGACAGAGAAUGCUUUCGAACAGUUCUGGUGUAAGCAUCAUCUAAAGUUGGAGCAGUGCCUGCAGCUGCGCCAUUUUGAGCAGGAUUUCAGAGAGGUUAAAGUGACUCUGGACACACGGAUGGACUCCCUUAAAGGCCUUUCUGAUGCUGGAGAUUGUGUGGCCAGAGUGGAACAUCUGCUAAAGGAGCUCAAAACACUUGAGGAAAAGGUUCAGCCCACACUAGAAAAGGCCCAGCUCCAUGCCAUACAUGGUGACCAGCUCAUCCAAAGUGACCACUACGCCGUGGACUCCAUCCGGCCGAAGUGUGUAGAGCUCCGGCGGAUCUGCGAUGAUUUCAGCAACGAAGCCAAGAAGAAGUCUGAUGUCUUAUCUAAGUCUUUGCAUGUGCACAUGGGCAUUGAGAAGGUUAAUCAGUGGUGUGAGUCUGGCAUCUACCUACUGGCUUCCCAAGCUGUGGAUAAAUGUCAGUCACAGGAAGGGGCAGAAUCAGCUUUAACAGACAUUGAAAAUUUCUUGGUGUCGGCAGAAAAGAACCAUGUGACAGAACUGAGGAACCUCCACAACCAGUAUGAGGUUGUCCUGUCAGAGGAUGUAAAGGGCAGUGUCCUGAAAGCACUGAAGCGACUGGAGGAUGUUCAAGAGAUGUUUGAGAAGCGACGUGUUAGCCUGAAGAGGUUGUCAUCCAAACAGACCAGACCCAUUCAGCCGGUGGCCCCACGGCCCGAGUCGUCUCCUAAACGCCCCACACCAAAGAACCCUGCCCGGACCUCUGGGGGCCAGCAGCCCUUAGUGAGAAAGUUCUCUGAUAACUCAAACGGUGGCAAGCAGCCAGCUGAAGCAGAUCCUAACAAGAAGAAGAACAUACGCAAGACCAAGGGCAUCAAGAUUGAGGUGAUGCAUGAGGAAAGCCAGGGAGGCUCUACCCAUGUUGUUAUAUCAAACGAGAGUGAGGAGAGCCUGUCCAAUAGACGCAGACACAUAAUGAUGGAGCUGAUUGAAUCAGAAAGAAUUUAUGUGGAGGAAUUACAGAGCAUCAUGGAGGGCUAUGUUGCUGAGCUGAAGAACUCGGGGCUCUGCCACCUCAUCCCCCCCACGCUAGAGAAUAAGCAAGACGUGCUGUUUGGCAAUCUGCCAGAAAUAUAUGAUUUUCAUAACAAAACAUUCCUCAUGGAGUUGGAGAACUGUGCAGAGAAUCCAGAACUGGUUGGAACCUGUUUUCUGAAGAGGAAAGAAGAGCUUCAGGUGUAUGAGAAGUACUGCCAGAAUAAACCCCGCUCUGAGGUGGUGUGGCGGCAGUGUGGAGACAGCCUCUUCUUUCAGGAGUGUCAGAAGAAACUGGACCACAAACUGUCCUUGGAUGCCUACCUGCUGAAGCCUGUACAGAGGAUCACCAAAUACCAGCUUAUGCUUAAGGAAAUGUUAAAAUGCAGUAAGGGAGAGGGGAUGGCUGAGCUGGAGGAGGCCUUAGCUACCAUGCUGGACAUUGUCAAGUCUGUCAAUGACUCAAUGCAUCAGAUAGCCAUCACUGGAUUUGAGGGCAACCUGAGUGACCUGGGGAAACUGCUGAUGCAGGGAUCCUUUAAUGUGUGGACAGACCAUAAAAAAGGCCAUAGCAAGGUGAAGGACUUGGCCAGGUUUAAGCCUAUGCAGAGGCACCUCUUCCUGUAUGAUAAGAUGCUACUGUUCUGUAAGAAACGGGAGGAGAACACUGAGGGACAUGAGAAGACCCCAUCCUACGGCUUUAAGCACUCGCUAAAGAUGAGCUCUGUGGGGAUAACAGAAAAUGUCAAAGGGGACAACAAAAAGUUUGAGGUGUGGUAUAAUGGCAGAGAAGAAGUUUACAUAAUCCAGGCUCCCUCAAUGGAUGUGAAGAAUAUGUGGGUGUCAGAGAUCCGUAAAGUUCUUACAGGCCAGCUACAAGCAUGCAGAGAGGCCAGUCAGAACAAUAGCCAUGGAGUCCCAAUGAGAAAUGUCCGCAAGAUGGGUCUGAGACAGUCAGAUUCAUCUAGUCCAGAGUCAGGAUUCAGGAGAGCUAAUCCGAGUCCCAACAUGAGGCAGAAAAAAGCUGACUCUUCAGCCCACUCAGCUGUUAACACUCGGAAGCAUUUCACCUUGCAGGGACUUUCUAACAGGAGGUCUCUUCCAGCAGAACCCACUGUAAAAGAGGCAGAAGUCACUAGACGCUUCUCUCUCACUUCCUCUCUUACCUCCUCUUCCUCUGCCAUGCGACUCACCAAAGGUCCCCUCUCUGCUAGCAUUAAGAGCAAGAGACACGAGAUAAAGAGUGAUCCCACUCCAUUUGGCUAUGAAGAUACUCUACGUGGUGCGAUGGCUGCAGGCGGAAAGCAGCAGUGCAAGACCAGCAGCAUUGCUGGUGAUGCUGGUAGCAAAACAGCUGUCCCCAGAUCAACCUCACAGCCAGGCUGGACCCAGAGACGUCUCCUCUCCAUGGACACAGAGGACUUUGAGACAAUUCCGUCCAGCGGAGAGGAGUCCUCCAACUCUUCUGAGGACGAAGCCAACAAUAAGAAUGGUGGCAGCAGCCGAUACCAGGUGCAGCUGACAUACGCGUCAUCUGAAGCAAAGGACCUCCAGUUUCUGGAGGAAGGAGAAAAUGGAAACUGGCUAAUCAAGAACCUUUUAACAGAGGGGCCAGGGCUGGUCCUUUGCUCUACACUUCAAACACCAUCUAAAGGAGGUCACUCUAUUAAAUAACAAUACUGGCCACUUCUGACUAACUGCCAAUGGCUUUACUCUAACACCCACUCAUCUUCUCCUGUCUUCCGCCCUUUACUCCAGUCUCAUAAUUGCUUCCUCACUCUCCAGUGGCACUGAAGGAAAUGGAUUGGGUAAAUGUGAGCAGACCAGUGCUGCAGGGAUGGGAGGAAGCAAAUAGCUUGUGGAUAGGAGGUUGAAGUGUGGGGGAAUGGAAGAGCUUUGGAAUGAUGCGUUGAAUUUUAAUGUCACUGAAUCCAGCCUGUUGCUUGAAAUAUGCAUAUCUUUUUUAAACACUUCAUUUUAAAAUUUUAUUUUUUAUUUUUACAUAAAUGACAGACAGAUAUAAGACAACUCUAACAAUACAUACCACCUAGUGGUAAGUCAUACAAACAUUCAAUGAGGACAAAACCAAAUGUAUAUAAAAAACAAAAAUGUAGCUAUGAUUUAUAAAAAACACAAUGUACAAAUCCCUGUGUGUGUCUGCAUUGAGGAAAGCUAUCAUCCAGAUUAUUAAAGUGACGAAGUCCUGGGAAGAUAAUAUGGGAUUAUAAGUUACUGACAAAGCGCUGGAGUCUUGCAUCUAUUCCUUUGCAAUGCCAUAUUUUGACGCCAGAAAGAGGAUUUGAUGUCAUAGUGGCCCAGAUAAGCGGCUGUUUAAAAACAGCUUGAGACCAAAUGAAGAUCAAGUUUCUGACCACCACAAUUAGAAAAAGCUGAACAUGUCAGAGCAAUAGAUGAAACAUGGGUUGGCAGUAGAGCUCUGUAGCAGACCAAUGUGGACCAUAAAUAUUUUCUGAAUAUUUGCUGCUCAAUAAUAUGAAAAUUUAGGUAAGGCAAGGCUGAGCUUCCAUCUAUAAAAAUGUGAUCAGCUCAUCUUUUUCCCCCUGACACAUUUCUGUCUGUUUCAGAUGUGAGUAACUUCCCUCUGUGUUGGACUAUUUGAUAAAUUUAUAGAGGGAGCAGUUGUAAUGUGAUAAAAUAUAAAAGAGAUAAAGGGGUGUGAUCAUUUUUAUAAAGUACUGUAUUGAUGUAAUUUCUCUGUGUGAAAAUAGACAGCAGUUUUCAUUUUAUUUUCUUGCCUCCACCCAUUUUGAGCCCACUUCAUGUCUUUGUAACAAGGUCUGUUUAACAAGGUCAGAUCUCCCUCCAUUGCCCAUUGUUGCGUUAUGAAAGAGUAAUUAUUCACAGCCUUAAUGUUUACCUACGUAAAGUUCUGGUGCUGUCAGACUUUGGAAGAGAAAGCAAAAACAAAAGCAGCAGUCAGAAAAUUAAAGCCUUUACCUGUUUCUGUCAUCAUUGGAAGCGUCAUGUGGUGAUA